CCUGCCAUCGCUGCUGCUUCUACUGAAGCUGCCACCUCCGAUCUCCUCCUGCUGCUUCCAGAACAUUCCCUGGGACCCGAUUGCCAGGGAUCUCAUUAACAUUCCAAUCAUGGCUAUCUCACUGGGCAGGGACACAGCUCCUCUCAUUUGGGUGACAAUCCUGCCAUUUGCCAGGUUCUGAGUCCCACUUGCUGUGUGUUUCCAUUGCCAUUCAUUGCCGGCUUCCUGCUGCACUCACCACUGAACAUGAUUCAAGGGACUGUGGGAUAUCAGUUCCAAAACUGGGCCAACACCUACAGCUGCAAGCCAGAGUUCUACUUUGAACCAGCCUCCGUGGAGGAAGUCCGACAGGUUCUAGAGCUUGCCAAACAGCGCAAUAAGCGAGUGAAGAUCGUGGGCUGUGGACAUUCACCCUCUGACAUUGCGUGUACUGAUGAUUACCUCAUCAGGCUCAACAAGCUUAACCGGCUUCUCCAGGUGGAUACAAAGAAAAAGCAGGUGAUGGUCGAGGCAGGGAUGGUGUUGGCUGAUUUGAAUGAAGAAUUAGCCAAGCUGGGAUUGGCUCUGUCCAAUAUCGGUGCUGUGUCUGAUGUAACUGUUGGUGGCGUGAUUGGAACUGGCACCCACAAUACUGGCAUUCAGCAUGGCAUUCUGGCUACACAGGUCGUGGCAAUAACGUUGUUGACAGCAGCAGGGGAUAUGCUCGAAUGUUCUGACACCGUAAACCAUGAGAUAUUCCAGGCAGUCCGUCUGCAUCUCGGUGCCCUGGGAGUGGUGUUAAAUGUUACCAUCCAGUGUGUGCCAGCCUUUAGAAUUCAUCUCCAACAAUUCCCAAAAACCCUCACAGAGGUUCUGAACGAUCUCGACACUCACCUGAAGCAGUCGGAGUAUUUCCGUCUGUUUUGGUUCCCUCACACUGAUAAGGUCACAGUUAGCUAUGCAGACCCUACAGACAAGCCAGUUAAAACCAGUUCCAGUUGGCUGUGGAACUAUGCCAUUGGCUAUUACCUGCUGGAGUUCCUGUUGUGGGUCAGCACCUUCUUCCCUUGCCUGGUGCCCUGGAUUAAUCGUUUCUACUUUUGGCUGGUUUACUCAGCAAAGAUCGAGCAGGUCAAACGCAGUGACAAGGCUUUCAACUUUGACUGUCUCUUCAAGCAACAUGUGUCAGAUUGGUCUAUCCCCAUCAUGCAGAUCAGGCCGGCUCUGGAGCAACUGAAGAACUGGUUGGACAGCAAUCCAAACGUGCAAGCUCAUUUUCCUGUCGAGGUUCGGUUUGCUCGAGCAGAUGACAUCCUGCUCAGUCCCUGUUACAAGCAAGACAGCUGCUUCAUAAACAUUAUCAUGUACAGACCCUAUGGGAAGGAGGUGCCCCGGGAGCAGUAUUGGGCAAUGUACGAGGAGAUCAUGAAGAGGAAUGGUGGAAGACCACACUGGGCGAAGGCACACAGCUGUCUUCGCCAGGACUUUGAGAAGAUGUACCCAGCAUUCCACAAGUUCUGUUCAAUCCGUGAGGAACUGGAUCCUUCCGGGAUGUUCCUUAACAAUUACUUGGAAAAGACCUUCUUCUAAGAGUGUUGAUGCUUCACUCAUUUCUCCAACAGUAAAUAAAGUUGUUGCUGAACUUGU